CUGGCCUUCCCUGGCACAGAGCCAGUCAGGCGAAGGAAGCAGUGGGCCCCUCCCUUCCCUGACUCAACCCCCUCAUGACAACAAAACAGCUCCAAUGGGUGCACUAGGAGCCCAGUAGAGAGAAGCUCACGUGGAAGGGGACUCAGAACAAGGGGAAUUCAGCAGGAUGACCCCUCACGGCCAGGCUGAGGGGAGGGGGCCCGGGCCCGGCCGCGGCAUCAAGACUUCCCAAAAUUUACCAGAAGGCGGCGGUGCUGUAGGAAGGGGUUACAGCUGGCGCUGUUGGGGCUGGUGACUGCAGCUCUGUGGGCCGGGCUGCUGACUCUGCUUCUCCUGUGGCAUUGGGACACUCUACGAAAUCUGAAACAGCUGGAAGAGAAUGCGGCCCGGAACGUCACUCAGGUCUCCAAGGAUUUGGAAAGACACAAGGGUGACGAGAUGGCUCAGAAAUCCCAGGCUGCCCAGAUGUUGCAGAACAUGGAGAAGAUCCAAGCUGAACAGAAGAGAAUGGAAUCUCAGGAGUCUGAGCUCUUCCAGAACCUGGAUGGUCUUCGUGCUGAUCUGAGCAACCUGAAAUCUCUGAAUAUGAACGAGAGACGCAUGGCCUUGGAGUCCCUGGAAAGACUGCAGGAGGAGAUACAGAAGCUGUGGGUAGAGCUGCGUGAGUCCAACGCCCAGGCCCCCGGAGAGAUGCUGCCACCCACCCUGCCCAUGGUACCCAUGCUGCCCACCACGGUGCCCGCCACGAUGCCCACCACAGCCCCUGCCACGGUGCCCACCACAGUGCCGACCACAGCCCCCACCACAGUGCCCGCCACGGCCCCUGCCACGGUGCCCACCACAGUGCUGACCAUGGCCCCCGCCACAGUGCCCACCAUGGUACCCGCCACAGCGCCCACCACAGCCGCCCCCCUCAGCCUCUCCUCCACCCCAGGCUCCACGUGCAACACGUGCCCUGAGAAGUGGGUCAGUUUCCAAAGGAAGUGUUACUACUUUGGCGAGGGCGCCAAGAAAUGGAUCCAGGCCCGCUUUGCCUGCAGCGACUUGCACGGACGGCUGGUCAGCAUCCACAGCCAGGAGGAGCAGGACUUCCUGACCAAACACGCUAACAAGAGGGGCUCCUGGAUUGGCCUCCGGGACCUGGACAUUGAGGGGGAGUUCAUCUGGAUGGACAAGAAACCCCUGAACUAUAGCAACUGGCAGCCGGGGGAGCCCAACGACGCGGGUCAGGGCGAGAACUGCGUGAUGAUGCAGGCCUCCGGGAAGUGGAACGAUGCCUUCUGCAACAACCGGCUGGACGGCUGGGUGUGCGACCGGCUGGCCGCAUGCUGAGCUCCCGCCUGCUCUGCCCCCUCGGCCCUGGGUCCCCUGGGAGGUGCCCCAAGAUGUGGACCCCGACAGCCCCCUGCCUGCUCGCCAGGUGCACCCCUCCCCCACUUCAAAUAUGGGAACAGCCUAGCCCACCGUGUGAUACUGAGGACCCCAACCAAGGCCUGGACGCCCCUUUUUGUGGCUGAAGAGUCCAGAUGACAUCUCCUCCCGACCCAGCAGAAGCAGCUGACUAUCAUCCCCGAUUCUGGCCAACACUCCAGAGGGCUUGUCCCUUGCUCCUCAGCCCAGCAGCCAUCACCCCUUUCCUGCCCUCGAGUGCCUGGAGUUCCCACUUUGAGAAUCCCUACCCGCAAGCCUAGAGGUUAGAAGCCCCCUCCCCACUGGGGCACAGUGCCUGGCAGCCCAGCCCUGCAGGGAGCUGCACAGGAAACUUCAGACUCCUGCGUUCUUCCUCCACCUCCACCUCGCCAUCUCCUGAUGCAGCACGUGUGUCCUGCAGCAAAGGACAGAGACCCCCAGCUCAGCCAACCUGUCCUCCCUGCCCGCCCUACAUCAAUAACAUGAGGUGAUGAUGGCCCCUUGGACUGGCCCCUCCUCGGGGCCUCACUGGCUCUAGUCUCCAGGUGUGCAACGUGGGAGCUGGGAGUUCCUGGUGCCUGAGGACACCUCUGAGUAUGCGGAACUGAAGUAGCGUUCAUACGUCCCCACUUUCCCCCCCCUACUUUAUUAUAAGCAUUUACUCAGCAGGGCCCAGAGAUGAAGAAUGGGGUUCAGUGGAGCAAAGAGUACCCCUAGACCCCCAGGAAUAUAGUUGGGCAGGACAGUGGACCACCUGAACCUAGUUCCCAGCCCAGAAGCGGGAUGGCUGGAGAGGCUGGUGGAGAGGUGGCCAGAUCACCUGGCGGCCAGUUCAGAUCCUGAGGUGCUGGCCCCGUCCCUACUCAGACAGCACCAGCCCCAGGCUUGGCCCAGGUCCGCCCCCCACCUCUGGGAGUCCGUAGGAGGCAGACCCGGAUCUCAGGCUACCCGUGGUUAAGCGCCUCACUGCCCACCCCACCCCCAGUUCCUCGCCAGAAAAGGAAGAGGUGGACGUGCUCACGUGAUUCUUGGGCCCACUCGAGAAAGAGGAACUCAUGAAGAGAGACUCACACUGGAUCACCUAGGACCUGGGAGUCAAGGGCCAGGCCAAGCCAAGCCCCAGCCAUGUGGAGGGGGUGCUGGGGAGAACACCCUGGGGUUCAGGAUGGGGCGGGGACAGAGCUGGCCCCUUGGAGUGAAACAUGGGCUGGAACCCCCAGUGACCUGUUAUCUCUCCCCAUCACCCACCCCCAGAUUUGUCUCCCCCAGAUCUACUCAGAACUCCAGGCCAGUGCACAGCUGCCCACCCCGGCUCUCCUUGCAGAAACUCCCGCCCCAGCCUCCUAGUUACUCAGGCCAGCACGGGGUCACCCUCGCCACGUCUUUCUCUCACCACCCCACCUCCAAACCCGUAAGAAAAGGCCAUGGGCUCAGGAAGUCAAGCCACUUCUUACUCGCUCUUGCCACGGCCUUGGUGUAGCCCCAUCUUCAAUCAGCCUGGCCUCCCUCUUCACUGCCCCAAACUUCCCAGAAGUGUCUUCCCAGCUCAGAGAAAGACAAAGUUCGCCAGGGUCCUUUGUGAUGGCAGAACCCCUCCACGCACCCGACCUCCUCCAACCCCAGCCUCACCGUUUCUUCAACAUUUAGGCUCACUGCCACCUCAGGGCCUUUGCACAUGCUGCUGCCUCCAGCUCCUCAGUGAAGCCUGUCCUCAGCUCCCCUCCGUCCCACUUAAAAUGACACCUCCUGACACCCCAUCCCUUUUACCCCCCUGUACUUUCAUCGCGGCCCCCUUCUCUCAGCAGAAUGUGUGAUCUACUUCAUCUGUUUGUUUCAGGAGGGCAAGGGCCUUUGUUUUGUUCUCAGCUGUAUCCCCAGAGCCUGGCACACAGGAGGUGCUCAAUAAAUAUUUGUUGCCUUAA